GUUCUUCCAAGUCGAGUCGACCUUGGUGUUUUGGGCGUUUAGGAUGUACACUCCGAAGACACGCGAGCCUCUCACACGAAGCUGCGCGACGGAGCUGCUCUCGCCUUGUGAUGGUACACUCACUUGAGCAAAGCACACUCGAGCUCGACGUCAUUGGUUAUGGUGCCUCAUUGUGAUGUAAAGGGAAGUAUAGAUAGCAUCUCAUCUAUAAUACCCUUGCUCUCCACAAUACCAGAAUCUCACCAUUGAUCCUUCGGACUCUCCUUUGACACCAGCAGCGAUAUCAAGAUGGAAGGCCUUGACAAAAUCCCCCUCUCGUAUGCCACCGUUUCCAUAGGCUAUAAGGACGAUCCAAACCUCAAGGACGCACACACCCUCCCCAAAAAGCUUGACGCCAUCGCCGCAGCAGGCUUCACUGGUAUCGAACUCGGCUUCCCCGAUCUCCUGAGCUUCGCCAACCAGCACCUCCGCCCUGCCGAGCAGGACAGCUCAGCCGGAACCGACGAGAUCGACGAAUAUGACUACCCGAACCUCUGUGCCGCAGCCCGUGUCGUGAAGACGAUGUGUGAUGCCAAGGGUCUCACGGUCGUCAUGCUGCAGCCCUUCUCCAACUUCGAGGGAUGGGAACGCGGCAGCGAACAGCGCAAGAAUGCAUGGAAGCGGGCAGAAGGCUGGAUGGAAAUCAUGCAGGCCGUGGGCACUGAUAUGCUUCAAAUCGGCUCAUCCGAUACGCCUGCAGAGAAGAUCGGCAAGGAUCGAAGCCGGUUCGUUGGGGAGCUGCAGGAACUUGCGGACGUGAUGGCGAAGAAGAAGAUGCGCAUAGCCUACGAGAACUGGUGCUGGUCAACCCACGCACCUGAUUGGGAGGACGUGUGGGAUAUCUGCAAGCAGGUCGAUCGACCGAACUUCGGGUUAUGUCUUGAUACCUUCCAGUCUGCGGGUGGCGAGUGGGCAGACCCGUCAACCGAGUCCGGCAUGAUCGAGGACGGCCGCAGCAAAGAUCAGGUCGAAAGAGACUGGAAAGCAUCGUGCGAGAAACUCUCCAAGACCAUCCCGGCGGACAAGAUCUUCAUCCUGCAAAUCUCGGACGCUUACAAGCCCAAGCCUGGCCCUCUGGCAAAGGACGACAUUGACGGUCUACGACCUCGAGGGUUCUGGAGUCAUGCGUACAGACCCUUACCGUUUGAAGGCUAUCUGCCUGUCGUGGACUUUGCGCAAGCGGUGCUGAAGACGGGGUAUAGGGAUUGGUUCUCGUAUGAGAUCUUCGAUUCCGGUCCAGAUGGCAAGGGCAAGGAGUACGACUUGAUAGAGUUUGCGAAGACGGCGAUGGCGUGUCAAAAGAAGCUCGCCGACGCGUGUGCUAAGGCGUCGUAGUGCUCCAGUGACAUGCAUUUCUCGUGUCCCGUAUAUGAUGCCCGAAGGGGCCUGGAAGAAGCAUCAAAGCACAUAAUGCGAG